AUGCCCCGUAAAUCACGACCUCGCUUUACUGUCCACAAGAAAAAGACUCCUAAGAAGGACCCCAAUGGGGCACCUUCUGAGCGAGAGUGGGAAAAUAUGCAGCCCCAUUCAGCCUUUAAAGGGUGGACAGUAAUUAUUCCAACAGUCGCUCUCGUGGCCCCGCUUACGGUUUUACCAGCAGGCACCGACCCCGAUGUUGGGCGUCCUUUCAUACACCAGUUCUGGGUGGUGAAGAUAAGGGACAUUCGCAGUCGCCAGGACAGCAGUGGAGAAGACGACGUGUGGAUCCGUGUCCAAUGGUACUAUUCGCCGAAGGAUGUAGCUGACAAUACUAUGGUCAAGCGAUACAUAGAGAACGACAUCGAACAAGAAGACAUCAACGCUAAUUGGAAGGACAACCACCCCGAAUUCUACUGCCGGUACGACCUCGAGUGCCUAUCACGGACCCUCUCUCCAAAACACAGAGGCACUUGUCUCUGCGGUGAGCCGUACAAUCCCGACCAGGAUGUCAUGCACUUCUGUCCCCGCCCGAGCUGCCGGAAGGCCUACCACCGCGACUGUCUCGCCGAGAACAACUGCGUCGAGACGUCGCCGCGGGGGCGCGAGGACAGGCUGCUGGCAUCCUCGCCGGACAGCGACGAGCCGUUCCCGCUUGCUUCGUACCAAGCUUCACCCGGCAAGCGUAAAAGAGGCGGUGGCAAAGGGAAGGAGGCGGUGCGCUCAUCCCCGCUCGACGCUUUGCCGGAAGAGCUCCUUCGUGUUGCGAGGCUCCCGAUUACCAAGGGCGUACGUGCCGGCGGACUUGUGGGUAAUGUGCGCUCUGUGGUGACCGCCCGGCGUCUUGUAUACGCUGCGUUAGAGAACCAUGGUAUUCUCCCUGAGGAUUGGGAGGACCAGAUCGUCUCGAAGGCCCUCAAGGAUACCGUUCUUCCGGAAACUACUGAUAUACCCCCGCUGAGGUGCCCAGGAUGUCAAGGGGCAAUCUGA